CACAUAGCUGGGUGAGUGUCCUCUCACAGGCACUAUAACAAAGCAAGGUGGGGUGGUACCACCUCUGCCACUGAUCCCAGGUAUGGUGAUUGUGCCAUCCCUCCUUACCCCUGGAGGGGAGACAUGGAGAGGUGCUGUGGAUCACUGAGUAGACUUUACCGCAGAAUUUCUCUUUCCUGCUGUCAUCACGGGGACACAGAAAAACAAGAUAACUUGGAAGCAGAUUCCCUUCCCAAGACAGAAGUGGAAGAAGAAAUGAAAGCAUCGAACAUGGAGAUGGCAAGUCCCUAUCGGAAAGCUCACACUGUCUUACAGAGUACCCCACUAGAUCUUAUAGACACAGGAAAAGUUUUGAAGGUGCACACGGAGAAACCACAUCUCGUGAGUCUUGGGAGUGGGAGACUGAGCACGGCAAUCACUCUACUACCAUUGGAAGAAGGGAGGACCACGUUAGGCCAUGCAUCCAAGGACAUUACCAUACAGGGCCCUGGUAUUGCUGCUACACAUUGCUACAUUGAGAAUAAAUGUCACACGCUCACCCUUUACCCAUGUGGGAACCCUUGUUCUAUCGAUGGGGUUGCAGUCACUCAGCCCACUCGUCUGAGACAAGGAUGUAUGAUCUGUUUGGGUCAGUCGACGUUUCUGAGAUUUAACCACCCAGCAGAAGCUCACUGGAUGAAAACUAUGCUUCCUUCAACCGGUAGAAGCCCUUCAGCAUCCCUGUACCCUGCUGAAACUUUGCCCUCCUUGCUGAACGGUUCACGUGAUGGAUACCAAACAAGUAUACCUUCGCAUACGUCGCUAGUCAGCUCUAUUGAGAAAAACCUUCAAGAUAUUAUGGACUCUUUGGUUAUCGAAGCCCCCCCUCUAACAAGGAAGGUGUCCCAGACAUCAAUUCACAGUAUUUCCUCAAUGUCUAAUGGGAGAAGUCAGCGCUGCCUGGUUUCACCACCUACAAGUCCACUCUCCUCCAACUCUGGCUAUGAAAAUGCUUUUUCUUCUCCAUUAUCAUCCUCUGGUAGUGGAAGUCUUACCAGUCCCACAGCUGGACAGGAUAUGGCAAACACAACAGUACCUCCAGUUGUGCCUCUUAGAACCUCAAGUUUUAGCCAUUCUUUACCACAUCAAACACCCACAUAUGGCGGCAGCAGUUUGGAUUUACGAUCUCUACGUGGGGGUAACAGUUCUAUGCUUAGUCCACCUAGUCCAGGAAGCAGAGUAGGUGGCCUUAGUGUACCCAGCAGUCCUAUCCUGAGCAGAAAAUAUCAACAUUCACUUUUGGAUAGACCUUCUAGUCCAUACAGGGAUACUAUGUCAGUUGCAAAGAGUUUGCCUCCUGACAGUCCAAGACUAGCGCGCAAAAACAUGGAAACUAUAAGUAUGAGAGACCUUCCCCCACCCAGUCCUUCUCUGUCACGAAAAGGGUUUCCUUGUUCUCCCAAAACUGUAUCAGAAAGUCCAUCAAGAGUUCCUGAUAGUCCCCGUGCUACAACCCGCCGCAGAGUGGGUAGUGCAAGUUCCCCUGGUUCUGAAGACAAUGUCUUCUCCAGGCAGUUUCGGGAUCGUAGUCCUUCACCCUCCAGUUUUCAAGAACCUCCUCGUCGGCUGACUCCAGCCUAUAGCUAUGGAUCACUAUCCACUCCAUCUGAGAGUCCAAAAGUUCAAAGAAAAGCACAUGGACUGCGAGAACGCAAAAAUAGCAUCACUGACAUCAGCGGCAAUCAGGACGAACUAUUGGAUUACCAUCGAAGACAGAGAGAAGAAAGGCUAAGAGAGCAAGAGAUGGAGAGACUGGAGCGGCAGAGGCUGGAGACCAUUCUGAAUUUGUGUGCUGAAUACAGUAAGUCCGAAGAAACCACUCCGCCUGCUCAGCUACAAGAAUCUCAGGCCUUUAUGUCGUUGGGUGCCAAUGUUGAAAGGACUUCACCGUUACACUGUCGAAGACCAUCGUGGGAUGGUAGUCUAGGGAACAGCCACGAAAAUACUGGGAGCCUGGUGAAAUUGAGGGGAGGACACCAUGAGGAAGAAGCUCAAAAAGAAGAAAAUAGCAGCACAGAGAGUACCCAGCAUGAACAGGAAGACUCUGCAGCAACAGGAGAUGUAAACUCCGACCUGCGAACUCUGGAGGAACAGCGGAGAACAACAAUAAAUCGCAUAGAACAACUGAAGAACCGAGUGACAGAUCUUGAGAGACAAUUGCAAGAAAGUGCUCGAGAGGCAGAGAUGGAGCGUGCUUUACUUCAGGGAGAAAGGGAGUCUGAGCUCUCCCAGUUGCAGCAAGAACAGCGAAUAGUUCAGCAACUACAAGACAAUCUUAAUGUCCUGGAAAAUGAUAUUCAGAAGGAAAAGGAGAAGAUGCGAGAGAAGCUGGAGCAGCAGAGGAUGGAAAUGCAGAGUGUUCAGCUUUCACAUCAUGAUUUGCAGAGGCAACUCCAUAAUUGCCCCGAAGCUCUAAGGGAGCAGGUGCAGUGCCAGCUUACAAGGGAAUCUGAGCGUCUAGAAUCCCAGAUGAAGCUAUUUGAAGAUCUGGAGUUCCAGCAGCUGGAGAAUGAGAGCCGUUUGGAAGAAGAGAGAGAAACGGCAAAUCAGCAACUAAUGCAGAACAAGGGAGAGUGCCAAAAGAGAAUUGCUCAUAGAAAGGAACGUCUAGCUGCACUGGAGCUGCAAGCCAAUCAAAUUAGAUUUCAGUCUGCACAGGAUGCUGAACGUCUUGGUCAGGAAAGAAGUGCCACUUUAGUACAGCUACACAAGGAAAAGGAAAAGCUGGUUCAACUGGAGAGAAGAUAUCAAACCCUGACAAGGCAACGGGGUUUUUCCACUGGGUCAUCUGCUCUCAGGGAGGAAUACCUGUCCUUUGCUGAUGCUCUCUGCCUGUACAAUGCUUCAUCUUCCACUCUUUCGUUUCACCCUCUUUCGGAGUACAUCACCUUAGAUCAACUUCAUGAUAUACUGGGAAACAUGGUGCCAGGCACUACCAAUAGUGCUCUUCCUUCUGAAGGUUUUGAUGCAAAACCAAACCCUAGUGCUCAUUCCUGUGAAGAUCCCUCUUCUGUUCAUCACUGCUCUUCAUCAUCAUCCUCCUCCUCUCCCUCCAUCUCGCUGGAGGUGAAUUCACAGAUUAACGAGGGUCACUCUGCACUUAUUCCUCCUCCUCUGACAGACUGGUAUCAAGAAUUUGCAUCUGUUCCCUCCUCCACUGUUUCUUCCUCCCCACCUCCCCUUCCUGCUAAGUCUCAUGCCUCUCGUAAGGCCCAGCAGAUUUCUUUGUCUCGAACAGAUAUGGAUGGUGGUAGAACACUGCCAAGGAUGAAAACGGUUUCUCCAGCUUCUUCCCACUUCUCGGUUUCUACUUUGGGAAGAAGUGUUUCACCAAAGAGUGCACCUUUGACACCAAAUGGCUCAGGAAGUCUUUCCCGUGGAUUGGCGGUCACUCUGCAGGACAUUCAGAGUAAGAGGCAACAAGCACUCAUACAAAAAGCUGGUGACUUGGACACAGAAAAAUCCCUCCUACCUGAACACACAGGACAGCAAGUAAUAGAAGAACAACGCAAGCGACUUGCAGAGUUAAAGCAGAAAGCUGUCAUUGAGGCUCAGUCACAGUGGGAAUCUCUUCAUGGAACUUCUCAUCAAUCCUAUCUCCCCAUCAUGCAUCAUUCCAUUCUGCACCACCAGCGGCCUUUGAACUCUCGCGAUGAUGACCCUUCACAUGGCUAUGACACUUUGAGUUUGGAGAGCUCGGACAGUCUAGACACAAGUGUUUCUACAGGAAACUCUGCCUGCUCCCCCGAUAAUAUGUCUAGUGCUAGUGGUCUGGACAUGCUGAAGAUUGAGGAAAUGGAAAGGAUGCUGCUAGAGGCUCACGCGGAACGAGCAAGGCUUGUAGAAUCCAGAGAACGUGAAGUUGAAGCACGCAGAAGAGCAUUGGAAGAUGAAAGAAGGCGGAGAGAGGACCUGGAGAGACGUCUGCACGAUGAGACUGCUCACAGGCAAAGGCUUGUAGAUAAAGAGGUUAAAAUGAGAGAAAAACAUUUUUCCCAGGCUCGUCCUCUUACGCGUUAUUUGCCUAUUCGGAAAGAAGAUUUUGACCUCCGUACCCACAUUGAGACCUCAGGUCACGUUGUAGACACAUGUCCUCAUGUAAUAAUAAAUGAAAAGAUGUGUCGCGGCUUUCUGGUAAAGAUGGGUGGUAAAAUUAAGUCUUGGAAGAAGCGCUGGUUUGUCUUUGAUCGUAUGAAACGCACUCUAUCCUAUUAUGUUGACAAACAUGAAGCAAAGCUGAAAGGUGUCAUCUAUUUCCAGGCAAUAGAGGAAGUGUACUAUGAUCACCUGAGGAAUGCAGCAAAGAAAGGAAUAUUUAACCUCACUCUGGCUUCUCAGAUUUCUGACUUUCUCUCUUUACCCCUGUGGAAGGAGAGCCCCAACCCUGCACUGACAUUUUGUGUCAAGACCCAUGACCGGCUAUAUUAUAUGGUGGCUCCUUCUGCAGAAGCCAUGAGAAUCUGGAUGGAUGUAAUUGUAACAGGGGCCGAAGGGUACACUCAGUUUAUGAACUAAUGCGGCGACAAUUCCAGCUUUCACCACUCCAUCAUUCUCCUCAGGACCCAGAAAAAAAUAAGAAAACUGCAUAUUUUCCACUGUUAAUAUUAAAUGAAAAUUGUGUGUAAUUUAUAUUUAAUACAUAUCUUCUAAGUAGGUUCAAGCAGUUUAUAUGGUAUGGAUAAAAAGGUACAUGUCUUUUUUGCUUUUAUUGUUUGUAUUUUAAAUUCUCUAUUUAAUGAAGCUGCUGUCUACAUACAUUUUUAUUCUUUGACAUUUUGUCAACAUGUAUCUCUGUGCUGAUGUAUCACUAGCAAAUUAUAGACAGCUUGUUAUCACUGGUUACUACAUCGUAUCUUACAAGAAACUAGAAAGAUAAUUAAUUGUGUAAAGUAUACAGUGCUUUUAAAAGGUCUGGCUACCAGGUUUUAUUGUCUUCGUGUCAUUGUUGAGUAUUAACCACUCAUGGAAAGGAGCUUCGAGUCCACAUCAGGUUCCAGGGUUUAAAAGGCCUUUGCUAUCGUUUCUUUUAAGUGGAUCAGUUUGAAUUAUAACACAUUCGUCUUGUAUAAAGUUUGGCGGAGUGGUUGAAAUUAUUCAGAAAGGACAUUAUGCGGACAAUGGGGGAAAAAAAAGCUUGGGUGUGUGAGUUCUUCUAGACCAGGGGUCUCCAAACUUUCUAAACUAAGGGCCAGUUUAUUGACCUUCAGACUGGGGGCCGGACUAUGGCCAGUGGUAAUGGAAAUUUUCUUGGCAUCAGUGGGAGUAAACAUCGUCGUCAUUGGUAUUGGGGGGAGAAGCAGUACCCUAUCAUUGGCAGGAAUAUUGCCCCAUCAUUGGUUUAAUUGGAAGAAACAGUGCCAAUUUAUUGGUAUCAUUGGGAGGGGAGGAAUAAUACCCCAUCAUCCGUAUCAGUGGGAGAAAUAGUGUCCCAUUAUUGGUGUCAGUAGGAGAUAUUGUGCUUCAUUGCUGGUAUCAGUUGGCAGAAUCGUGUCUUGUAUCUUUGGAAGUAGUGACACAAGGGCUGGAUAAAGGCAGGCAAAGGGCCGCAUCUGGCCCCAGGGCCGCAGUUUGGAGACCACUGUUCUAGACAAAUGCUCUAUUCUUAAAUGGCAAAAUACUGAAUUGCAAAAUAAAUGCAGUUAUGGUCUAUUAUUUUGCUAGAAUGCCAAUUUUGCACAUUGCGUUUAUUUUAUUUUUUUAAUAGAUAAUCGCCUAAAGUAAUAUGUAAAGAUCACAGCAACUGCAGGAUCUGAAAAGGUUUAACAUUGUAUCGGCAAUACGAUUUUGUGAUGCAGUCCAACUAGGUGAUCAGUGUGCCAGAUUUUGCACCAUAUGCUAUAGUAGGAAUUUUGGUUUUAAUUCAGCAAGUGGCCACGUUUUCUUUGCCGAUUAGGGCACAUCCUAAAGAAGUGGAGGUCAUAUUCAAGCUAGCAGUUUUGGUGCUAAACAUUUAGUUCCAUAAAUCAGUCUUUUACAUAGGAAUGCUUAAUAAUAGAGACUGGGAGAUUCAAAUGAUUGCAGGCAGUCUUUUUGAACGAUGAUUCUUACUUUUGCCAAGCAGACGUUUCUGUAAGGCCCAGGUCUGAAAACUCACAUGUGUGGACAAGUGUACACUGUGCACCUAAAAUGUGGGCUAUAUGAAGUAAUGGUGUUGCCUACUUUAAAUCACUAACACUAUGAAAAACACAGGUUUUCACUUGUAUGUUCAGAUCACUGUUUGGUAUUUAUUCAUCAUCUGCCAGUUUCUUAUAUGACUGUAUCCGUUACAUAUUGCACACAUUGAAAUAUUCAAUCAGUAACUUAGAAAAAUAGAUGAACUUGCCAUAUGAUAUUUUAAUGCUUUUAUAGAUUACCCUUUCUAUCUUAAAUCACAGAACUGAAAAUAUAGUGUCCUCCAAAAGUGAAGUCUCAUUUUCUCCACUGGGAGGCCAAUAAAUAUGGUGUCUGUAGGUUAGAGUACUUGUACCCAAUGUUAUGACCAUGCAAUAUAUAUCUAUACCUUUUAUAUAAGAAGGCUAUUGACUUCUGUUUGAGAUGUGUAUAUCUUGUAUUAUUUGACCAACUGUAUGGUGCUGCCUUUUUAUUUCCAAUAUUAUUUUUUAUGACGAGCAGGUCAUGUAAGCCCUUUUACCUGCAACAGAAUCUGUUAUAUGCAAAUAUAGAUAUGUGUAUUUUCUUUCAUUUACAGCUCUUAUAUUACUGCCGUUUUGUGUCCCACGCUUGCAACAGAGCUUGUAAAACUGCCCAUGUUUUACAAUGGGCACUUUUAUGUUAUGAUAACCAUAUGCCACCUGUGCCUUUACAAUAUAUGCCAAUAAACAGAAACCAGACUUGUUUUUCUUCAUUUGUA